AUGGAAGUUUGGCCGAUUUUCGGCCUCCGAUUCCGGCCACUUCCGUCUACUUUUUGGGGUAUGUCCAAGAACAAAAGUUGCUCCACUCUAUGUGCUGAAGUUUUGCAUGGCGGUUUGGAGAUUUUCCGACCACCGAAAUUGCUUUGGGCACCCACGCUCUGCCGGCGCAUGGGCCACUAUUUGGCUGAUCUUAGGCAACUAAAAUACUCAUCAUGUCGUCCCAAGCACGACGGUAUGCUUGGAUAUGAAUUUGGAUAUCGUUUGAUCGUCGAUCGGAUAUCGCAUAUUGCGCGUUAUCCGGGUUCGCUAGGUUUGGACCGUUGGAUGGUCCUGAGUUUAUUAUAG